CAGGUGUUGGAACACAGUGAAGCCAGCACCAGACUUGUAAACAUUGAGCAGUCUGGUUUGUCUCUCAUAUUUGUGGCUCUCUCUCGCCCCUGCGGCUUUACCGCUCGCGAUACAUGCGUGGUGAUGAUACAUCAAGAAGUAUUGUAUGGACGACUACCAGGUUGCAUCUUCCCAGACAAGUACUGCAAAAACACCUGUGUGUCCUGAACAACAACUGAUAUUACAGAAUAUUUUGUGGAACACUACCAGGCUGCAUCUUCCCAGACAAGUAGUGCAAAAACACCUGUGUGUCCUGAACAACAACUGAUAUUACAGAAUAUUUUGUGGAACACUACCAGGUUGCAUCUUCCCAGACACUAUAUCUUCAGUACUUCAAGAAGGUCAACACCUCUUAUUGUGAAUUUGUAACUGGCCUAGUAUUACUGAUAAAAACGGAUUGCUUUUGAUAAUGGUAACUCAGUCUAAGAAUUACAUGGCGGUUCAUAGAAAAAUACAGAUUAGUCAUAUCGUACUUAAGAAUCACACCAGUGUUCUUCAGUGUAUUUACAGUUUUCUAGUUCACUAAGUCUUUUAACGCACAAAACAAAACAAAAAUAGAUUUUAUUGGUGCUAAUAGGUAAAAAAUCAUUUUGCCUAAAAGAAAUCUAACAUGGGAAUAUGUACAAGAACAGAACACUGUGUCCAAACUAGCUAACCAAAACAAAAAAAAUCUUGAAAUGUACGUAAGAAUCUAUAAAGGAAAGUAACAAUACCACUGUUGAAUCCCUAAAAUAUUUCAUCAUUAAAUUUCAUCUUUUGAAAAAUAUGCAGAAAUAUAAAGGAGAAAAAGCACAUCAGUGUUUUGAGUGUCUGAAAUAUUUCAGUGUAAGAGGCAAUCUUGUGAGACAUAUGCGGGUACAUACAGGAGAUAAGCCAUAUCAGUGUUUUGAGUGCUUGAAAUAUUUUAAUCAAAAAGGCCAUCUUGAGACACAUUUGAGAGUACAUAAAGGAGAGAAACCAUAUCAGUGUUUAGAGUGUCUGAAAUAUUUUAGCGUAAGAGGCAACCUUAUGAGACACAUGCGAAUACAUACAGGAGAUAAACCAUAUCAGUGUUUUGAGUGUCUGAAAUGCUUUAAUCAAAAAAACAAUCUUGUGACACACAUGAGAGCACAUAAAGGAGAGAAACCAUAUCAGUGUUUAGAGUGUCUGAAAUAUUUUAGCGUAAAAGGCAAUCUUAUGAGACAUGUGCGAAUACAUACAGGAGAUAAACCAUAUCAGUGUUUUGAGUGUCUGAAAUAUUUUAAUCAAAAACACAAUCUUGUGACACAUAUGAGAGUACAUAAGGGAGAGAAGCCAUUUCAGUGUUCAAAGUGUCUGAAAUAUUUCAGUGUAAGAGGCAAUCUUGACAGACACAUGCGAGUGCACACGGGAGAUAAGCCGUAUCAGUGUUCCGAGUGUCUGAAAAAUUUUAAUCAAAGAGGCCAUCUUGUGACUCAUAAGAGAGUACAUACCAAAGCUAAACCGUAUCAGUGUUCGGAGUGUCUGAAAGAUUUUAGUUUCAAAGGUCAUCUUAAGAAACACAAGAGAGUACAUAUCCGAGAUAAACCAUUUCAAUGUUCAGAGUGUCUGAAAUAUUUUAAUGUAAGAGGUAAUUUUGCAAGACAUAUGCAGGUACAUACGGGAGAUAAGCCAUAUCAGUGCUCCGAGUGUCUGAAAUAUUUCGGUCAAAAAAGCCACCUUGAGACACACAUGAGAAUACACAAAGGAGAUAAGCCAUUUCAGUGUCCACAGUGUCUCAAAUAUUUUAGUGCAAGAGGCAAUCUUGAGAGACACAUGAGAGUACAUACAGGAGAUAAGCCAUACCAAUGUCCUGAGUGUCUGAAAGAUUUUAAUCAAAAAGGCCACCUUGAGACACACAUGAGGAUACAUAAAGGAGAUAAACCAUUUCAGUGUUCUGAGUGUCUGAAAUAUUUUAGUGUAAGAGGCAAUCUUGUAAGACAUGAAAGUACACACUGGAGAUAAAACAUGUUCAUUUCCCAAAACAUGUUCAAUUCCCAAAACAUGUUCAAUUCCCAAAACAUGUUCAAUUCCCAAAACAUGUUCAAUCCCCAAAACAUGUUCGAUCCCCCACCUGUGGUACGGUUUGUUUGCAAUCGUGUCCUUGCGAUUUCGUGAGUAAUGUUAGUGUUUAAUGUAUCAGGAAUAUUUUAGCUAUAAACACAUGAGAAUUUAUACAAGGGAUAUGCAGGCAAAUGAACACAAGCGAAACUAAUGUGACAUUUUAUUGUGGCAACGUUUCCCUCUCCAGGAGUUUUGUCAAGCUGUAACAUCCUGACAAAGCUCUUGGAGAGGGAAAUGUUGCCACAAUAAAAUGUUACAUUAGUUGCACUUGUGUCCAUUUACCCAAGAUAUUGUCGGUAAUUCUACCAACAUUAAUACAAGGAAUAUACAAUUUCAGUGCUCAGAGUGAAAGAUGUUAACGAAAUGUCCGUCAUGGAAAUCAUAUAAGAGUUCUAUUAAUGUUGAGAAUAUCUCUUGUCUUUUUUAUAAAAUAUGUCUUGUGUAAACAAGAGAACUAAUACAGAGUAUGAACAGUAUAUGGAAAAUACUGUAAAGUCAGUUCUGUAAUGUGCUUCCUGCUGUAGCCAUGAAUUCUGGAGUGAAAUAUUCAGUGAGAAGCAGGAGUUAAAUAAGUGCAGUAGGAGAACACUGGUGUUAAUAUUAUAAGAAUACUCAUUCUUUUAACAGUAUUUAUAAGAAAUAUUCCCACAACAAAGGUAAAAGUCAACAUAUAACUAUAUCUAUUUAGUCUUUUUCCUUUUUUUCUGUUGUGCAAAUGUGGGGCAUAGAGUUCUUUGAAAACUCCAUGUGUCUUACUGGUUAAUGUUACCAAUACCAGAGGUGCUGUGGCUGAGAAGAAUGGAGUUCAGCUCCCAUAUUUGUACUAAAUUAUUACCUAUAUAUGUGGUUAGUUGGACUUGAGUCCUGGAGGUGGGAAAUACAGUGCCCUCACUCUGAAGGAGAGAUGUGGAUAUUUGCAGUUUUGAGCUGUAGUAUUGGUAUGCCUCUGCAAGGCAGUGAUGGAGCGAGUCAUGAUGAACAUGUUUUUUUUUUUUUCAGGUCACCCUGCCUGGGUGGAAGACAGCCAGUGUGUCAAAAAAAAUAUGUAGUAGAAACUCCUACCUACUCUCUGAGGGUCAGCACCCUGGUGGCCCAGUCCUUGAUCAGGCCUCCUUGUGGUUCAGGGCUUGAUCAACCAGGCUGUUGUUGCUGGCUGCACACAAUUCAAUGUAUGAACCACAGCCUGGCUGAUUAGGUACUGACUUUAGGUAUCUGUCCAGUUUCUUCUUGAAUACAGCCAGGGGUUAAUUGGUAAUUCCCCUUAUACAUGGUGGGAGGCUGUUGAACAGUUUUGGGCCCCAAACACUUGCUAUGUUUUCUCUUAGUGUAUUCAUACCAUCCCUGAUUUUCUUUGGGGUAUUGUAUCUGUCUCCUUACUCUUUUUGCUUUCAUAGGGAGUGAUUUGUGUGUGUAGAUUUGGGACCAGUUCCUCAAGGAUUUUCCAUUCCUUUGAUAUACCUUUGAUGAGUUCCGAGAAUCAUUCUACUUCCAGAGCUAGGCCAUGGCCCAGGCUCGUUUGGUGCUUGUCUGGUAAACUAGGCUAUUGCUGCUGGUGGCCCAUUUCCCCACAUAUCCAUCACAGCCGGGUUGAUCUCUCUCUCCUGCAUUCCAGGUAGUACAGGUCAAGAGACUCCAAACAUUCCAAAUAAUCCAUACCACGGGCGGGGAGAGAACCCGCAAUCAGAGAGUCUCAAAAUUCCAGACCGUGGCUAGCUGGUCCAGUGGCUAGCGUGAUGGUCUGGAGUUUUGAGACUCUCUGAUUGCGAGUUCUCUCCCCGCCCGUGGUAUGGUUUGUUUGCAAUUGUAUCAUUACGAUUUCGUGAGUCAUUCCAAAUAAUUAUUUAUACAUGUAGUGAAGGUUCUCUGUACAUUCUCUAGAUCUGUGAUUUCACCUGCCUUCAAUGGAGCUGUUGGUGUCCAGCAGUAUUCCAUCUUAGAAAGAACAAGUGACUUGAAUAAGGAUCAUCAUUGGCAUGGCAUCCCAUGUUUUGGAAGUUCUCUUUAUCCAUCCUGUCAUUUUCCAUAGAGAUGUGAUAGUGAUACUGUGAUCCUUGAAGGUGAGAUCCUCUGAUUAACACUCCCAAGUCCUUCACAUUAUUUUUUGUUCUAUUGUGUGGUUAGAGUUUGUAGUAUACAGGUCUCCCUCAACAUUCACGUUUUCAACUUUCACAGGCUUCACACAUUCGCGAAUUCCCAACCACCAAAUUCCCAGCCACCAAAUUCCCAGCCACCAAAUCAUAUUUAAGUUUCCCGCCACCUGCGAGUCCCUACUACCCUCCCUCCGACCCCCGCAACUGGCAGCCAG